UUGACUCCCGACCUCAGUUUGUUAAUUUCGGUUCGUUCCGCACUUCUGGCCCAAAGGUGUCACACACUGCCUUGUGAGCGAAUCGGCUGACCAUCAUCUGACCUUGUAGUCGUGGCUCCUGUAUCACGAUUCACGACGCAGGCAUGGGUGCGCAUUAAGUGAUAUUUGUUUUCCGAGGGCGCAUGGUGGCCACAUCUGGGGCCCCGCAUCUCUGUAUCAUGAUCACUAGACUGUGCCUGACGACUCAUUGCCGGCGCUCAAAGUAACAGCCAUCGGUUACCUGACAGGACUAGUUGCCUGCUUAACAGCCAUCGCGUCAACGACCUUCUACCAAACAACCAUGUCUGAGUUAGUCCUGUCAGACCUGCCCGCCGCCCGUAUCAUCACCCACAUCGAUGAUUGCAACCGUGACGUGGUCCUGGAGGAACUUGGAACAGGUUUGAGUUUCAAGACCAGCUGUUCCGUGCCCCGUAAUUCUAUUUCACUUCACCAUCAUAAAUCCGCAUUUAUUACAUUCCUGACCCUCAAUUAUGUCAAUUUGUUUUUCCGACGCACUGCAUUCGCUUCUUUGUUUUCAAGUUUCACGGGGAGCCUGAUCAUCUCUCAGGUUCAGGCUCAUGCACCAGGCCGAAAAGCCCUGCGGGCUGUUGCCCAGGUACCCGUUCCGUCUCUAGACACUGCCACUUUCUCCCGUCGGGAUUCAUCAUGUAAUAUCAUUUGUUUCCCCCAGCCAUGGGACCUGGGUUACGUUACCUGUAUGUCAGACAGAAUGAUCGCAGGAGAUAAGGUGGCCGCGCCUUCAUGUUGGGUGUCGAUAGGGGCUUCGAUUGAUUCUAGAUAGCUUGUUCAAUUGGAUACUCGGAUAUAAGGCUGGUCCUGUCAUAGACGAAGAAUAAAGUACUUAAUUAGAGCCAUGAAGAAAGACAUACCAUGACUGGCGCACGCGGCACUAGUAGCAUAAAUACAGAGUAUAGCCCUUGGCAAUCAUCAUUAAUCAUUUGCGAAACGUGUAACGACCAAGUCUGUUAAAGCAAAGCAAUCAUGAACCAUGGGAUCUUUGUGGGAUCUACUACUAUUUCGAGGGAAGGAAUAAGGGCAACGUAUUCCGCUCGCUGUUCAUCUGUCGUCAUCUCCGAGGCACCGAAAGUAAGGCUCU